AUGGCCGAAGACGUUGUUCCAAAACUUGUCGGUCGCUCAUACGCUGCUCUUUUCAAGUACGACUGCGCCGUCGUGGGUGGCGGCACCGCUGGAAACACUCGGGCUGCUCGCCUGCCUGGCUUUAGAUCCAGCGAGCUACACCAUUUCCCUCAUCAAGGCACUUUCUACGAGAUCAUCACCAACAACAGGACUCAGGUCCCCGGUUACAACUUUGAAGGUGUGAACCCGACCAACGUGGGAACCAUGGACUCCUUGGCUGCCAUCCACAUCAACACGGAGCCUAUCGCUGCAGAUGACUUCCCUUCUGGCUGGCAUUAUUGUUUCACUUGCAUAUUAUUGAGCCCACUUUCGCCAUUCUACGGUUAUAGCGGGAGAAAAAUCGACCAUGUCCAGGGUGUUACCUUUGGCGGCGCGUGGGUUAUCACCUCUUCUUUCUGA